AUGUUGUCUGUUUUUAUCGCUGUUGUAGCUCUUUGUAUUCCUGCUCUUUCUGAAGGGUGCGGUUCUCGUCCGCCUGGUGCCCGUGUGGUUAACGGGGAUGAUGCUGCGCCGCAUUCGUGGCCUUGGCAGAUCUCUCUCAGGGUGAAUGGACGACACAUUUGCGGAGGAUCUCUAAUCAAGCCUGGUUGGGUUGUAACUGCUGCUCACUGCGUAGAAAGGAACCCAGAUCCUAGCGGGUACACAGUGGUAGUUGGGGCCCACAUCAGAACUGGGACUACAGCUGUACAACAAACAUUCAAUUUGAAAAAGCUUUUCAAACACGAAGGAUUCUCAAUGAGCCAUUUAAGGAAAGACAUUGCCCUGCUGCAACUGGAUGGCGAAGUUCAACUAAGUGAUAAAGUCAACACGGUUUGUUUGCCACCUAAAGGAAGUAGAAUUUCACCGGGAACUGAGUGUUUCAUCACUGGAUGGGGAAGGAUCAUCGGAGGUGGCCCAGCCGCAGACGCCCUACAGCAAGCAAAACUUCCAGUUGUAGAUCACAACACGUGCAGCAGAACGAACGGUCAACUCGCUCCGGUCGAGGAAUCGAGUAUGCUCUGUGCAGGAAGUGGACAAGCAAACCAGGCAGGUGGUUGCCAAGGAGAUAGUGGAGGUCCUUUUGUUUGUAAAGAAAAUGAUGGAUGGGUUUUACGAGGUGCAGUCAGCUGGGGAAAUGGAAUGUGCAGGACUGAAUUCUACACUGUGUUUGCCCGUGUCAGCAGUUUCAUUGACUGGCUCAAUCAGAAAAUGUCUGGUAGUGGGGGCAGUGGGGGCAGUGGUGGCAGCGGAGGUGCAUGUACAGAUGGCCACAGAAACUGCCCGUACCUAAAACAGUACUGUAACACCCAUCCGUACGUCAAGCAAAUAUGCAAAAAGUCAUGCGGACUAUGUGGAGGUGGUGGUAUCGGGCCUGCGUGUAAGGAUAGCAGCAAGUACUGUCCAAUGUUCGCUUCUCAAUGCUCGACUAACGCUUACGUAAGAAUUAAAUGCAAGAAGACAUGUCGAUUGUGCUGAACAUAUGAAAUCG